AGCAACUAGCAAACUAGGAAUUAUAUUACUAAGUGGAAUGGCUCCUUUGUUGUAUUAUUCCAUCCUUUCUCUUGCUUUCAUUCUCACCUUCAAGCUUUUGUUACAAAGAAGAAAAAGAUUCAAAAACCUUCCACCAUUUCCACCAACUCUUCCCAUAAUCGGCAAUCUCCACCACAUAAAGCCCCCACUACACCGUUCCCUUCACAAACUAUCACAAAAGUGUGGUCCUAUCUUCUCUCUUUGGUUUGGUUCACGUCUUGUGGUUGUUAUCUCCUCCCCAACCUUAGUUCAAGAGUGUUUCACGAAAAACGACACCGUUCUCGCAAACCGGCCACGUUUACUCACCGGAAAGUACCUCUUCUACAAUUACACCACCUUAGGUUCCGCCUCCUAUGGUGACCAUUGGCGCAACCUCCGCCGCAUCACCACUAUUGACGUUCUCUCAACACAACGUCUAAACUCCUUUUUCGAAGUUCGAAGGGACGAAACCUUGAGGUUCAUGCAAAAGCUUGCUCAAGACACGUGCAAGGGGUUCACUCACGUGCAGCUUAGACCUAGGCUCACGGAGAUGACGUUCAACAACAUGAUGAGGAUGAUCUCUGGGAAGAGGUACUAUGGUGAGGAUAUUGAUGUUGCCGAUGCCGAGGAAGCGAAGCAGUUCAGAGAGAUUAUUUCGGAGAUGCUAUCGUUGUUGGGUGCAAAUAACAAGGGUGAUUUCUUGCCUUUUCUUCGGUGGUUUGAUCUUGAUGGUUUGGAGAAGAGGUUGAAGUCUAUUAGCAAAAGAGCUGACACGUUCUUGCAAGGACUCGUUGAAGAGCAUCGUAAUGGAAAGCACAGAGCCAAUACCAUGAUUGAACAUCUCUUAACGUUGCAAAAAUCGCAGCCUGAAUACUACUCAGAUUAUAUUAUCAAAGGGCUUAUUCAGGCCAUGUUACUCGCUGGAACAGACACAACAGCUGUGACUAUAGAGUGGGCAAUAUCUGCUUUAUUAAAUCACCCGGAGAUACUGAAGAAAGCGAAGGAUGAAUUGGACACUCACUUUGGGCAAGAUCGCUUGGUAGAUGAGUCAGACAUUCCAAAUCUCCCAUACCUUCAAAAUAUUAUCUACGAGACACUUCGAUUGUACACUCCAGCUCCGGUACUAUUGCCUCAUUUUUCUUCGGAUGAGUGCGACAUUGGAGGAUUCACCAUUCCACGUGACACUAUAGCGUUGAUUAAUGCAUGGGCCAUUCAAAGAGAUCCUGAGACUUGGAGUGAUGCUGAAAGUUUUAAGCCCGAGAGAUUUGAAAAAGAAGGGGAAACAAAUAAAUUAAUUGCAUUUGGAUUGGGAAGAAGGGCUUGUCCUGGAUUAGGUUUGGCACACCGUACAAUGGGCUUGACUUUGGGAUUAUUGAUUCAGUGCUUUGAAUGGAAACGUUCAACUGAUGAAGAAAUUGAUAUGAUGGAGACAAAAGGGGUCGCUAUGCCAAAGUUAAUUCCAUUAGAAGCUAUGUGCAAAGCACGACCGAUCAUUAAGAAAGUUAUGCAGUAAUUAUCUAUCCAGUGCUGAAGUUGUGCGAGAAUCUACAAUUACAUGUUAUAUAUAUGUGUGUAUUUUCCGUAUCUAUUUAGAUAUUGAAAUAAAUAAAUAAAUAAUAUUUUGGUUAAUUUAAUGA